AUGAAUGAUGAUGAUGAUGAUGCACUAACAUGUUUUGCUCAGUUAAAACUAAACGUGAUUUCACAACCUCAUGAUGAUACUUUAUUCGGUUGGGAUUGCGAAACCUAUAGUGAAAAUAAAGCUAUUCCUUAUUGUUGUACUUUAUUCAAUUUGGAAAAACUAAGGAAAAAACUAGAACUAAUUGAAAGAGUAUUCCCAGAUUUAAAGCCAACUGAUCCCAUUCCAGAAGAAUAUUACAACAAACUCAUGACUAAUAUAGUAGAAAUAUUUGUAGGAACAGAUUGUUUCGAUCAGAUGUUGCGUCGUUUAGGAACAGUAGAUCAAAAAAGACUAACCUUAAUUGCUCGUAACGCCAGUGGUUUUGACAACUGGAUUGCACUUCAAAGCAUUAAUAAACUAACACAAUGUCCACUAAAGAAAUUUGAACAGAAAUUCAGACCUAGAAAUGCUAUUUUAAAAGUCUGCUUUGAAUAUCCCAAAAACAUGUUCUUCCAACCGAUACCAGCUAAAGAUAAAAAGGAAUUAAGGAAUAAAUACAAAAAGGAAGGAGAUGUGGUUGCCAGUAACUGCAUGAAGUUGUUAGGUAAUUCCUUAUAUGGUAAAUCUAUUCAGAGGGAUAGAAAUACCUUAUUGCAUUUAUGGAAUGAAGAAACCUUCCGCCUUAAUUACGACAAACACGUCAAGAAGUAUGACAAACUAAAUGAGACUCAAUACAUUGUGGAGAUUAAUGACGAAGAAAAAGAGUUUAUUCCUCCUAAGGAUUCUACAAGAUUAACACCCACUCAUUUAGGAAAGAAUGAUUAUGGUGAUGGUGGAAUUAUAUUUGGUUUAUAUUUAGCUCCAAAAGUUAAAUACAAUAUCAUUCUAACUUCCGAUGGUGUUUUAAAAGAAAAGAAAACGUUUAAGGGAUACUCUAACUAUAAGAUUAAGGUAGAGGAUUAUAUUCAAUUAGCUAGUGGACAUGACGUAACGCAUGAAUUUGAUAAACCUGGGGUAAAAAGUUUUACUGAUGGAAUAUUUAUUCCUAAUGAAAAACAAACUAAAAAAUUUAGAAGUUAUCUGAAUCUCAUAAAGAGAAAAGCACCGGACGAUGAAGGAAUCAUGUAUCCUUACAGUGAUACAGAGGAGAUGUGCUUGGAUGAAAACUACGAAUUUGAUGAUUUUGAUUAUUUUACAAAUGUAUCUAAUGAUGAUCCAUCAGAAUAA